AUGGCUCGUAAGGCAGGUGCCCUCGUGAUCUUCGUGGUUGAUGCCAGUGGUUCCAUGGCACUGAACCGCAUGCAGAAUGCCAAGGGCGCUGUGCUGCGCUUGCUGGAGAACGCAUACCAGAACCGAGACCAGGUGGCCUUGAUUCCCUGCCGCGGCAUCUCUGCGGAGGUGUUGGUCCAGCCAACUUCUUCUGUUGCUCGUGCCAGUGGCAGCAUGAAGGUCUUGCCAUGUGGCGGAGGAACACCAUUGGCACAUGCUUUGUCGCAGGCCAUUAUCCUGGGCAGCAAUGCAAUGAAGAGCUCAGACGUGGGACAGGUCUGCGUUGUUGCCAUCACCGACGGCCGGGCCAACGUUCCCCUGGCAGUCAGUGAGGGUGACCAGAAUGCUCUGGAGACGAAAACGGGAAAAUGA